AUGGGUUCCAGUUUUUGUGGAUCAACAACAGACGUUAGCCGUUAUGUCGAUAGGAUUUUUGUUGACGAACAGAAAUGAUGCUGUUAUUUGGAGGGGACCUAAAAAAAAUGCUAUGAUUAAACAAUUCCUCACUGAUGUAUACUGGCAGGACAUCGACUAUCUCGUCAUCGAUACACCUCCAGGAACGUCUGAUGAACAUAUCAGUGUCGUGGAAAACUUAAAAGAGGCUGCAGGGACAGGAGUUCUUAAGGCAGUAGCAGUUGGGGAUGUGAGAAGAGAGAUGACUUUCUGUAAAAAAACUGGGAUACCUGUCUUGGGCAUCAUAGAAAAUAUGAGUGGAUUUGUCUGUCCUAAUUGUUCUGUAAGUACAAACGUUCGAGUAAGAUCCGUCUGUUA